CUUUGGAUUUUGAUUGAUGUAACGCUAUUUAUCAUGGCUUCUUCUAGGACUACUGAUUCUAUACAAUCAGAGAAGGAUGAAACAGACUUAUUUAGUCCAGAGAAUUACUGCUUUGGUGAUUCUCCUUUUUCAAAGCUAUUGAAGUCUGCUGAUGUGUUAAUAAAUACUGAUGAUUUUGUUUUUUCCAUGGCUUAUGAUAAAAUUGGAAAAUGCCUUAUCUUCAAUCACACUGCAUACAGCCCAAAUUUAGAACUAAAACCAAGAUCUUGUGGUGAUCCUGAUGCAAAAAGAUUUAAACUCCUGUUCGAAGAGCUAGAUUUUGAUGUCGAAAUAUGCAAAAAUCAUGAGUAUUGUGAAAUUAUGAAAGAAUUAUCUGAAGUUAAUGAAGCUGGCUUUGAUAAUUAUGGUUGUUUUGUAUGCUGCAUUAUGACUCAUGGUUUUUGCAAUGGAAUGUUGUAUGCAUAUGACACCGAGUAUCGUAUAGAUGAUGUGUGGGAUUAUUUUUGCUCUGAUAAAUGUCCAACUUUGGCUAAGAAGCCAAAAAUAUUUAUUAUACAAGCAUGCAGAGGAGAGGACCCUAACUUUGGACAAAAGGUUUCAUUUUGUCGAGAGUCAGAGGAUUUGGGAGACUCUGAAGAAGCGGAUUUGAAAAAUAUUGAAGAUGGAAUUAGUCUUAUUCCAGAUUCUCCUAUUUACAGCGAUUUCCUCACUGCUUAUUCAACAUAUGAUGGAUUUUUUUCAUUCAGAAAUUCACAUUUCUCAUAUUUUAUCACAGCAUUCUGUGAUAAAUUGAAACAAAAUCACAAGAAACUGGAUUUGGUAUCAAUUUUGACAUUGGUCAAUUUUGAAAUUGCCUACAAUUUUAGAAGUCACAGUAAGGAUCCCUCAGAAAACAAUCUAAAACAGAUGACGUGCUUUGAUUCUUCAUUGACAAAAUUGGUUAGGUUUCCAUAGUAUAUUUUUGCCAUGUUUUAGCUUCACCUGAGAUGUACAGUACAGUACAGUUUUUGAUAUUUUUUCACUUUUUAUGUAUUUUUCUAUGUUGCUGCAUCACAUGUGAUUGCGACUGAGUCUGCAUACAUACUUUUGGAAACAUUUUAAAAAGGAAAUAUUUUUUUAAAAUAAUGUUUUAUAAAUAUGAAUUAUGAGCUUUAAAUUUUAAUG